AUUCACACGAAAUUAAAUAUGCAAGCAGCUCUAUAAAUAUAACCUUUUCCUGUGAAACUUCACAACAAAUUCCAGACCAAACACAAAUCUUUAUCAAUCUAAACAAGUCCUACUUCAAUCACAAUUUUAUCAAACACCAAUACUUGACAUAUCAAGAAGUUAAGUCAUGGGAUUUCGUCUGUUACCAAUGAUUUCCAGUGCCAAGCAAGUCUACAAAUUACAGUCUCUUCUAACAAGAAAUCAUUCAGAUGUUCCAAAAGGACAUUUUGCAGUUUAUGUCGGAGAGUGUGAGAAGAAACGGUACGUUGUGCCUAUAACAUACCUGAACCAUCCUUCUUUCCAGAUCCUAUUACGCAAAGCGGAAGAAGAAUUUGGCUUUCAUCAUCCAAUGGGUGGUCUAACAAUACCUUGCAAUGAGAAUGAUUUUGUUGAUGUGACUUCUCGAUUGAAUUUAUGAAAUUAAUAGCCAUAUUGAAGUAGCAUUCUGAACUUUAGAUUAGAGCUAACUUAGAAUUUUCAGUUUUUAUUUUCCACUUGCUAGGAAAGAGUUGUAAACUUAUGUACAAAGCCUUCAAGAAAAUCAUAUAAGUGAAAUCUUUAUCAUCA